AUGGGUAAAUGUAAUCUGAAUCCAUUGUAUUUAAUCAGAAGAGAUACUGAUUUAAGUAGCAUUGACGGGUGCGAUUUCAUUGUCGAUGGUUUGUUGUUGUAUGUGGAUAGUUUCAAGUUUGAUCAUUUGCAAGUCACACGUAAACGUCCAACUAUUUUUUAUUGGAAGUCAGAGAAGAUAAGGUUUCUUGAGGAUAUUUUACAAGAGAAUGGAGGAUUUGGAUGUGGAGAUGUUAAUGAACCAUAUGUUGAAGAAGAAUGUCAAGAAUAUUGGUAUAACGAGGAGGAAUCUGGUGGUGAUGAGGAUGAAUUUGAUGGUGAUGAGGAUUUAUGUGAUGAGGAUGAAGAAGAGUUUGAUGUUAAUAAAGUUAGUGUUGUAGAGGUUGAAGAUGAUGAUCAAAGGAAAUGUUGUGGUGCUCAGGGGGGUGGAAAUGGUCCACAUGAGGAUAAUAUUGGUAAAAAUGAUGUUGAAUGUAAUGGUGAUGUUAAUGAUCAUGCAUAUGAGGACGAUAUUGGGAUUGUAAAUUUGGGUGAGGAUGAUCAUAACAAACAAGUAAUUUCAGAUCAUAUUGUUGAUAAAGUUAUUGUAGAAAAGAAGAAAGAAGAUGAAUUAAUUCAUCCAAGUUUAUUGAAAGGUUUUGUCGAAGUGUUAGUUGAAUUUUCUAAAGCAAAGAAUGAUGGAGAAGGUGUGGUAGAAGGUGAAGGUGUUGAAGUUGAUUCAGAUUUAGGGAAAGCAAUAGAAGAUUGUUCAAAUAAAAAUAAAGAUGGAGAAACUGCUAAAUAA